AUGACGAAAGCUUCCGAAACCGUGCUUGCAAUAUUUAUUCUUUCUGCGGUCUACUUCUCCCUGCUGGUCGGCGUCAUUCCAUUGCCCAAAGUCGUCCAGAAGGAAGUGCUGCCUGUCGUGCCAUGGUGGGCACUCGUGUCGUUUGGCUGUUACGCACUGGGCACUCUGGGCUACGGGGUCUUCACCUUCAAAGACAAGGAAGACAAGUAUCACGAGCUGCUCGGCGAAAUUGCCGAGGCCAAGGAGUUUUUGAAGAAAAACGGCGUCGAUGUCGAAUGA